GAGCGGUUCAUUGGGACUGUCCAGUGUCUUCUUGGCCAGUGUCCUCUCAGGAGCCUCCUGAUGUUAUUGACACAGUGUAUGAUCCAGAGCCAGCCAGGCAGAUUUGCAUGGGCACAUCUAUUUCAUAUAACUGCACCAUUCCUAACAGGUAAAGUGUUGUAGUGAAUAUACAUCUAGAGAAACUGGAGCUGCUGUAGACAAGGAUAAAUGUACACAAGUCCCCAUGGACAAUUUUGUCACAUCCCACAGCUGUGUUGUUGUUGUCAUUAUUGUCUAUCCUUUUUUUCUUUGCUCUAUAAAACUACAGCAUGGUUAUUAAGAAAUGAUAUCUGAGAUGAAAUAGACUUUAUGGGCAGACAUACGCUAUAUGGACAAAAGUAUUUGUCCGCCUGACUAUUGACAACAGUGACUGCAAUGACACUGUAUUCAAAUACCUAUAUGUGCACCUUCUUUUGUUGCUAUAACAGCCUCCACUCUUCUUAAAAUGCUUUCCACAAGAUUUUGUUGUGUUUCUGUGGGUAAUUGGCCCAUUCAGUCUGUAGAGCAUUUAUGAGGUCAGGCACUGAUGUUGGAUGAGGAAGCCUGGCUCAUCAUCUUUAUUCCAGUUCAUCCCUAAGGUGCUUGAUGGAGUUGGGGUCAGGGAUCUGUGCAGUGGAGCUUUCAGGCCAGUAGGGGCAGAGAGUGGAGAAUACUUGUACUGUCCUCCUCAACGAUGGCUCAAUAACUUGCAUAAUGAAGCAAUUGUUUUGCUCUAUCAUCCCUGUGCUCCUCUCCAUGAGCGUGUAUUUCUGUCUGUCCUGGCUCAGUCCUGUCUGCCAGACUACAUCGUCACCCCACAUGAAGGCCUCAAAAAACACAGACCAAUAGCCUUGGUUUCCUGGGGUAGCACCUUGGAGCUGUCAACCAUGGCCACAUCAAGUGUUUGUAAUUGGCUGGAGGCAACAACGUCCUGGAGGAAAAAGUCUGGUGAUGUAAGCAGAAACAGAAAUUAUAACCUGUUGUUGAUGUGGUCAGCUGAGACACACAGACGGCUACAGGCAUAUCCAGAGGAGAACCCUGCAAAACGGAAGGAGACUCUAAGGCAAUGCUGUGAACAGACCCUUUCUUCUCAUCUGAAUAGUGUGAUGGAGGCAGAAGAGGUGUCACUCAUGAAGAAGACGAUGAGCUUUAAACAGUUCAAAGAGGAUGGAAAAAUCAGGCGCAUUAGGAAUGUAAAUGGAGAAAAACAAAAGAGCCAUUCUGAAGAAAACACAACAACACAUGUUUCCAAGUUUUUAUCAAACCAAACCAAUGGAAAAGGAGAUAACCAGAAGCACAACAGCACACUCGGGUCAUCAGCAGAUUCACUUUCAGAGAGUAGGACUCUCUCAUACCCUCAAGGUCUAAGCAAAGCUCCUUCACACCAUGAUAUCAAAAAUAUAAAUCAGAGCCUAAUACACAGCCCUACUGCUUCUUUGGCAUCAAAUAUGCUUGAAACUGCACCCAGAAUGGAUUUGGAGUCUCAAAAAAUCAGGCUAACACUACAAAAAGCAGCACAGCUGCCAAGAACUAAAAAUACUGGCCUCAGAAGCCCCAAACCUUCGGCUAGCUUUAAAUUUCUUACAGAUGGCGUGGACAGUGAGCAUAACCAUGCUGCCAGGCCUGAAACUAAGGCCAUCAGCUCAAAAAAUGGUGGUACUGAAUCCACUGAAGAAAAAGAUAAAGACUCUGCCCUCAAAGACAAUGGCCCCAAAGAGAAACACACUGAAAAAAAAGUCACAGUGGACAGUAUAAUGAAGGAUAUUAAAAUAGUAGAUGUUAAAGAGAGAGAACUGGAGCAGAGGAAAACACACAGUGACACACACUCGCACAACCACAGUGUGAAGACUGGCUCUGAUUCUGUUUUCAAAUCCCAACCACAGACCCAUAUUAAUUCAAAACAACAUCCUAACCAUCAGCCAGCCAGUUUCCUCCCCAAACGCCAUGGAUGUGGUGGCUGCAAAGAAGGUGAACAGUGUGACUGCACCAAAGACUCACAGACUGAAUCAAAUGCUGCUUUUGUGAAUAAGGGGUUGCCCAGGACCCCCAGGAGUGAAGAGGCACUGUGGGCAGCAUCAGCUCUUGGUUUCCUGCUGAUUCUCCUUACCUUGUCGGUGCUUCACACACGCCUGUAUCGUCACUGGAGGACAUCACCCAGUCUAUACUGGCAUGACCCGAAACAGGACUACGAUAGCGUGGCAGAUGUGAUCCGCAGAAGGAUACGAAUCGCAAAGAGGAGACAGAAAAGGAGCAGGAGACAGGAGUGUGUUCUAGUGCCAAGCUCUUCAAGCUCAGACGAGUUGCUCUAGAUACGUAAAGGAGACUUUUCCAGAAUUCAAGAACACAUGCUGGUCUCCCAGCAAGUGGAUGACAUUGACAUGAUUUAGCUGCUGCCCAAAAACAACUAUCAGACAAUCAUUAUAGAAGGAUAAAGCGAUGCAAAGAACCUUUUUAUACCUUGCACUAACAUUUGUGCUAAACCCACUGAUAGAGGUGACUGCACUUAGAAUGUGCAUCCACACUUUGCAGUAACAAUAUGUUAUCAGUAACAACCUGCAAUCAGAACUUGCUUGCCUGCCUUGAAUAUAUAUUAUAGCCCAUACAUCAUUGCCUCGGUUCUCAGGCUUGUGGCUCAGUUACAUCCAGCAGCCUUGCUUGUCACUUGUGUUGAAUUCAGGAGUGAUUUUAAUCAAGCCACUGAGCCAAAAUAGGACAUCACUCUUUUAUUUAAUAGCAGAUUUCUCUCAAAAGGAAGGACAAAGCUGCUAUAAAAUCAUACCUAAUUCAUAACUAGUUAUCCCUGCAUGCUGUGUACAGCGAAACUGCUGGCAAUACAAAUAAAUGACAAUGAGCUAAGAGGCUAGAAGCACCUUUUAAACAGCUUUUCUCCCUCAUUUUGUCACAAACAUGCUUUUAAAGCAAAAGAUCAUAAACGGGUUAGGAACUAAUUCUUGCGGCAUGCUGGUUUGAUUGAAAUGACAAGUUGGAUUCAAGACUAGUGACCGGCCAGUAGUGAGCUGUUGGUUCUAGGAGCUAGUGUUUAAUGUGACUGACAUGAGCUGGCUCCUAUUUGUGAGCUGGUUUCCUUUCUUCCAUUUUUGAUGUUUUUUAAUGGACAUAAAAAUGGACAAAAUGGUACCAAAUGAAGAGCUGCCUGGGAGUUGAAAGACUAGGUCUUUCUGAACCAAAUGAUCUGCAUCAUUUAGGUCAGGUCAGUUCAGGUUUGUCUUUGCACAAAGCAUGAAGGAUUACUACUAGUAGUCUAAAGACCAAAACAGAUGUUGCAAGGUACAAUAAGCACUGUUAUGAGUACUACAACGGAGUCCUCAGGAAAGUCCCCAGAUCUUCCUUUGUGACCUGCAUAUUUGUUUAAAUGUUUUCGCACAUUUUGAGUUAAUCUCUAAUUCAAAUGGUAAUGGCUGUUGGUCGCGGUUUUCUUGAUGUUUUACAGUGUCUCUAAUUCAGGCCUUGUCUUUUUUUUCUACCCAGUGAUGGUUUUACUGCUGAUUUUAGUGUUUUUAAGCAGUUUUAUUCUUAUUUUGUGUUUAUCUGUAAACUCUAAGGGUGUAAAUUUUCAAGUUGCUGUUUUAAGCAACACUGUGGUAAUGUGUCGACUGUUUGUAAGGCAUUUUUGAAAUGCA